GCCUCGCGUCGUCCUCAUGUUGCUGACCGCCCUGACAUGUAUCUACGCCGACUCCAACGCAGAUUCCAACGCAGGCACCUGGCGCGGCCGAGGCCGACGCUGGAACAAAUGGAAUGGACCUGCCCAGAUGCCACCCCAAGGGGGUUGGCCUCAACGCCAGAUGGGGUGGCCUCAACCCCAGAUUCCGACCCAGCCUGCUCCGACCCAACCUCCCACCCAGCCCCCAACCCAGCCUCCGACCCAGCCUCCGACCCAGGCUCCAACCCAGGCUCCGCCUCAGACACCACCCCAGACCCCACAGAGCCAUGAGGAUCAGAAGGAUCAGGAGGAGGGUUAUCAGCAUGACAAUGGAAAGAGGUGGAAAUUCCCUCAUUUCAAGGGCUUUAAAGGGUUUAUGCCCUCGUUCGACGGCCCCAUGGACAGCCCUUGCAAGUGGGCCUGGUUUGAUGGUGAAUGGCAGGUCGACAAUGAGGGUACCAAUUCAACCAAAAUCGAGGUCCAAGACAGAAAGUUUUCUCCCGUGGCCGGCUUGGAUCUCGAGAUUUGUCAAACUGAGGACGAGACCUGGGAGAUCAGGUUUGCAGGCUGCGAGGGACUGGGGCUGAUCAAGCUUGCCAGAUGCUAUGUUGGACUGCAGUUCUUGUACUGGUACACCUUGCACCCUGAAGACGAUGGCAUUCCGAGGUCGGAAGUUUGGUACAGGUACCGUUAA